AGCGGCGGCGCGAACAAUAGCAAGGGCGCGCUGCUCUCGCCCUCGCAGAAACGCGCGAACCACAUCCAGAGCGAGCAGAAGCGGCGCGCGAACAUCCGGCGCGGGUACGAGGCGCUGUGCGAGACGGUGCCCGCGCUGCGCGAGGCGAUCCGCGCGGAGGAGGAGCGCGAGCGCGCGGAGGCGGACGAGGACGCGAAGGGCAAGGGGCGCGCUGCGAGCGGGGCGGAGCGCGGGAAGAAGAAGCGGAAGAGCGAGAGCGAGCGGGCGGAUGGAAGGGCGGGGCCGCGUAGCGAGAACGUCGUGCUGCAAAAGACGAUUGACUACAUCUCGGAUCUCCUGGCAGACCGAGAUAUGCUCUCGCAGCGGCUGCAGAUGGCGCGCGGGAUCCUCCCGCUCGGACACCCCGCUGCACACAUCGAUCCGCGACAUGUCGACGCACAAGGCGCGCCGCUGUGGGAGCGCGAGUGGAACGGAGGCAUGGACCUCGAUCUGGGCGGGGGCGACGACGGCAGCGAGGACGAGGGAUAG